ACGAGGGCUGUUUCUCAGAUGAAUGAACAAGACCAAGAGUCCCAAAUAAAUGUAGAGUCCAACUUUACCGAAACACCUCCAAGGGACAGUCCUCAAGAUUUACCAGUUGACAACUCAGAGGAAGAGUUGUCGGAGAACACGACUACCCCUCAACUAAGACCAGAGGACACUGACAACACCAUUCAGCAACCAGAGAUUGUUGAAAUCAGGAACGUUGGAGCUGAACAAGCAGAAGUAAUCCAAUCUUGGGAUACGGCAGUUGACAAACUUCUAAUACUGUCAACAAAGAUGGAAAGGGCGGCAGACGCCAUGUCCAGUGCAACAGAAAAGAUUCCGGAGUUUGUUCAGGCUGCCAACCUCAUGACCAAAGCUCUCAAUCUAGUAUCCACUAAGAUUGACAGCUUGACACGUGCCACAGAGUCCAUCCAGGACUCUCAGAGAAUACCACGUCUAACGAGCAUAAGAAAUGACUGA